AAAGUGAAAGAAAGCGUGUGUCCUACGGAAGCCGUGAGGAUUCAAUCUGAUGCGCAGCUGACGCGUUUUUCGACGCGAGGAAUCCUGGACGAAGACGAGACUUGAUUUGGAGUGCUGUGUAUGUCUGUCAGAUUGAGAACCAAUGGAGGAGGAAGAGAGAGAUGUGGAGGGUGUUUUUCAGUCAGAAGAGAGAGAGGAUGGACUGCAAUGUGACAAAAACUCAAAAGCUGAAGAAAAUGCAACUGUACAAGAGCUCGCACCAGACAUUCCAGCCUCAGAAACUGUAGCAGCCAAUCAGAAGCCUCCCACUGUCCCCACGCAAAUGGACAACUUAAUUAUAGUUGACCAAAAUGGACAACCUAUUCAGUAUGAUCGGUUGGUGAUUGUGACAGGGGGGAAUGGACCAUUAUAUGGUGUCCCAUCUGUGUCUAUGGGGGCCGCUCAGAUGUUACUACCUCAUGGUCAGCUGUUGAAUGUCGCAAAGUCAUCAGGUGUCUUUGUGGAGAAAAGACAGCAGACAAUAAUAACAUCAAUAAAAGACAGUGAUGGCACUCAUAGUGUAGCGUCAGUGGCAGCUCAGAAUGUCACUGAUAUUAAAAUUCAGAGUAAAAGUCCUCCUGAUGUAUUUGAGCCUCCAGUGAAGCCACUUCCACCAGGGGCACCAAACUGGGCUCUGAGACUGCGCCGGUGUGAGAAGAUCGGUGACUCGUACCGUGGUUACUGUAACACAGAGGCAGAGCUGGAAGCCAUUCUGCUUCUACACAAGCAGCAGACCCACACCGUGUUUGGCACCCGUCAGUCUCCCUCACCGGCUAAACCUGCCACCAGACUCAUGUGGAAAUCACAGUAUGUGCCAUAUGAUGGCAUUCCCUUUGUUAAUGCAGGAAGCAGAGCAAUUGUGAUGGAAUGCCAGUUUGGUCCACGGAGGAAGGGCGUUCAGCCUAAAAAAGGGUUGGAGCAAGAAACAAAUCAAAACAUCCUCUAUAAAGCCACCUGCCCUGCCAGAAUAUAUAUAAAAAAAGUACGAAAAUUCUUGGAGUACAAGGUUCCAACCGAUCCCAAAGUGGACAAGAAGGUAGUGCGGCAAGAGCAGGAGAAAGCCUUCUUCAACCUCAAGAAGACUUUAUGGGAUGCUGGAGGCGUUGUAAGGUAUUACAUCCAGCUGCCCACAGAGAACGCCCACCUGUACCACGACAUGGACACUGCAGACCUGCCUCCACUUCCAGAGCAGAUCUGCUUCACAGAGGAACAAAAUGAAGAGGAAGACACAGAGGAGCUGGAUGUCCUGAUGGAAGAUGGGACACCCCUACCCUCUCGACUACACCCGCUCGUAGCAGAGAAGAUCUGUGAGCUGGUGGCACAAGGUCAUAACGAGGUUUACACUGUCCGCAAGCAGCUCAGGUAUGCUUUCAAAUCUCCUCGCUUUCAUUUGCUGAACAACUAUUUACUGUUGCGUCGUGAACACCCUGACAGGAGGUUUGUGGAACGUGAGAUGUUCAGAUCGGAGGAAGUGCCUGAGAGACACAAUCUGUGUUUCUUUCCCACUGUCAUUGACAUCAAGAACCACAUCCACGAGGCUCAGAAAGCUCUUCAGAUGACUACGGGGCCACUGGCUACCUCAGACACAGAAUGGAAAGCAGAGGCUAAUAACUUGCUUUCGGAGACUUUGACCUUGGCCCUGACUCCUGCUACUGUGGGCGUAUCCUCUCAGAAGGAAGGGCUCCUGGAAGGAAGUGACACUCUUUCUCCAGAAGCUGUGCAGCUCUUCAGCUCUCUCUCAUCACUGCAGCCCAAGAUCUUUGCACAUCUCCAGGCAAUCCAGCUCCAGCCUGCCUUGUGUCCCGUGGAAGAAACUGUUCAACCUACAACAGCACCAGCAGAAGCCCAAGAGCUGUCCAGCCCACAGCCUGUCCUGCUGAGUCCGUCCCACUUCCUGCAGUCGAGUCCCAGUGCUGGUGAAAGCACAGCUGUGUGUGACGGCAUGAGUCAGCUGGUGAGCGUGGCCUCGGCCGCUGAAGGUGACUUCACACAGAUCCUGUUGGAGGACGGACAGGCCAUUCCUGUCCAGGUUGUGCAGCCUGCAAGCAUAACUUUGACUGCCUCAGCGGACCAAACUCCAGUUAAAUAGGAGGGUGGAUGUGUUGGUGGAUGUGUCGGCAGGGUCGGAGGCUGGAAAUACAACAGUGGAAAAAGAAAACAACAUUCUGAGCUCUUUGAUCACUGGAGGAUUCAUUCAUUGUAUCAUAUUAUACAGUAUUAUGUGAACAUGGACUUUUAUGCAAUAUUGAUAAUGUAGUAGUAUUAUUUUUUACAUUUCCCAUUAUUGACAUUUUUAUUUAUUAUGGUGACAGCAAGAUAAAAAUCAAUUUCUCAUUAAAAGUCUAACUGAAUAAAUGAGACCAAAAUUAAA